AGCCCAGUUAGCAUGGUUAGCUUGUUAUGGUUCUGUUCAGCAACAAUGUGUUCCGUUGAGCCUCUGAGAGAGUUUAUCAGAGAGAGACUAACUGCUGCUGCUGAAGAAAUCUUCACCCAGCUGGAAAAAACCAUCGUCCAGUACGAGGAGGAGAUCGACCGGCAGCGGAGACUGCUGGACCUCACCUGGAGACCCCGAACCGAGCCGAACCCCGCAGUUCUCCCGCAGACCUCCACCUGCAGGCGGGUUCUAGACAAGAUGAGCUCCGGUCUGGACCCGGAGGAACCAGAACUCCCACAGAUUAAAGAAGAACAGGAGGAAUCAGAGCCUGAGCUGGAUAAAGAUGAAUAUGUAGAAGUGCACAUCAGUGAGGAUGAAGAGGAGCUGGGGCUGAAGCAGGAAAGGGACCCAGACGAACCAGAACCAGAGCAGAACCAGGCUCGGUCCCAAAGCUCUGCAGAAGCUGAGAACGUGGAUCAGAAAGGAGGUGAUGAAGAAGCAGAGAAGGAACCUGACGGGGUAGGAACGUCUGCCAAUUCUGAGGCUGGGGCUGGUUCCGUCCCGAAUAGAAAACCCUCUCAGUGUGACGUGUGUGGAAAACAUUUCACUCAGAGUUACAACAUGAGGGCUCAUCGCCGGAUCCACUCAGGCGAGCGGCCGUACUCCUGCCAGGUCUGCGGGAAGAACUUCAUCAAGUACGACAACAUGCUGGUCCACAUCAGAACCCACACGGGUCAGAAACCUUACUCCUGUCCGACCUGCAGCAAGCGCUUCAGCCAGCGCAGCAACCUCACCUUCCACAUGAGGAUCCACGUCGGCGACAAGCCCUUCACCUGCAACACUUGCGGGAAGAGCUUCACCUCCAGCGGCCACCUCACCAUCCACAGGAGAACCCACACAGGAGAGAGGCCCUACCUGUGCAACGUCUGUGGGAAGAGCUUCAGCCAGAGCGGCGGCCUGUCGGCCCACCGGAGGACCCACACUGGUGAGCGGCCGUUUACCUGCAAGGUGUGCGGCAAAGCCUUCAUCAGGAGCGACGAGCUGCUGGUCCACAUUCGGAUCCACACCGGGGAGAAGCCGUACACCUGCAAGAUCUGCUCUCGGAGCUUCGCCCGCAGUUGCCACCUGACCACCCACAUGAGGACCCACACCGGGGAGAAGCCCUACUCCUGCCGAAUGUGUGGAAAGAGCUUCAGCGAGAACCGCAGCCUGACCGCCCACGUCAGAACGCACACAGGCGAGAGGCCGUUCUCCUGCGACAUCUGCCACAAGGCCUUCACAGACAGACGCAACCUGGCCGCUCACGCCAGGACCCACACGGGCGAGAAGCCCUUCUCCUGCUGCAUCUGUGGAAGGAGCUUUGCAGAGAACCGGAGCCUGACGGGCCACAUGGCCACACACACGGGCGAGCGGCCAUUUUCCUGCAAAGUCUGCCAAAAGGGCUUCAGUCAGAGCGGCAAGCUGGCCGCUCACAUGAGGCAACACAGAGAAGAGAACGUUUAGGUGCACCUGCUGAUUUUAUUGAGAAGAAGAAACUGGAAAGCAGAAGAAGCUCAUUAAGUCACUGUAUUUGUAGCAGCAUAAAAUACCUCUAGGGAAUAAAUUUGGUUGGUGUUAAUAAGUCAUAUUUAGGGCUUCUGUUGAACUAAAAAUAAAAAAUUCAAAGUCCA